AUGAAUGAACUUUUUAUAAGCGAUGGUGAGAGUGAUAAAGAACCUCCAUUGAAAAAGGCAAAGGCGAUUGAGAGUGGUGUUAAGUCAGAUGUGGAUUCUGUUUCCGAUUCUGAUUUUGAUUCUGACUUCGAAGAUAUACCAUUGCAACCACUAACUCAGGCAUUGCCUACUCAAGAUGCAGCAAGUGAAUUCAACAUUGCAAUACAAUCAGUAGAUGACGAACAGAGGAGAAGACUAAACCAGCAGAUUGAAGACAAGCAACGAAGAACCAGUUUGCACUACCUAAGCAUUAUUGCUUAUACAUUGCAUGCAUGGCAGAGAAACAAACUCCUUUCAGAUAGAAAAGUCUUGAAGGCGCUAAAGAAACUAUUGCCCGAACUGUUUAUUAAACAAUACAAAAAGUUUAAAAAGAAUCCCACUGAUGAGCAGUUAGUCUAUAUCAUUAAGUACUUGACGAAAUGGAUUAGAAAGAACUUUAAGCAUGAUUCAAACGGGCUUCGAGUGCUUGGAUACUUGCCAAAGAAAAUCAAGCUGCAAGGAGACUACUUUGCCAGCAAUGCAAAGCAGAUAUCCACUGUGAAAGACUUUUUACUGACAAUACGGAGGUUCCAACAUAACAGAGACGUGGGGGCGCAAGUAUUCACUGCGUUGCUUCGUAGUUUGGGUUUGGAGGCAAGACAAGUCUUUUCAUUGCCGGUUUUGAGUACCAAAAAGCCGACAAAGUUGCAACCAAAGUUGAACAAAAAAACUCUUGACAUAAACAAGGAUAAUGAUCUAUUAUAUCCAUAUUUUUGGACAGAAUUGGUUAAUCCUAUAAAUGCGUCGGAAAUAUUUGUCAUUGAAACACAAUGUUUUCUUGAAGAGGAGAAGCAAUUGACGAGGUUGAAAAGGCACCUGUCCAGCGUCAAGAAAUCCUACACGAAUGUGUAUUACCCAGUGCAAAAUCAGUUGUGUCAAAUGUCAAUGCAUUAUGUGCUAAGCUUCACCAAUUCUAAUCUCGUUUUUGAUGUCAGUUCAAGGUACAUGAGUGAUGUUUCAUAUAGAUGGUUCAACAGGCUUGAUUUGAGGACUGAAGCGGGUAGAGCUGCUUUAUUGCUUAGCUCGGUUAUUCGAAUUUUGAAUUUAGGCAAACAGUAUAACGCUGAAGACAAUGCGGAAUUGGACAGUCUAAGGACUAUUGCCAUGCACAACUACACCAUCCCCAAGACACUUUCAGCAAUGAAGAGAAGCCCUAAUUUUACAACUAAGUCUACGUUGAGAUACAAUGAGAUUAUCGGUCCCGGCCCUCAUGCGCCGCCAAUUGCAAAAGUAGUCAAUGGUGAAAAACGUCACGUGUAUUUCAAAAACUGUCUCAUUGUUGGAAAAUCUGAACAGCAAUGGAAAUUCUGUGGGAGAUCAAUACGGCCAGAGGAGAUUGAUAGACCCAUAAAGACAAUUAAAGCUAAUCCUAGAACUAUCCAUCGAAAAAGAAUAUUCAACUUGAAUGGCUUGAAUGAUCCCGAGUUGAAUAAGGUACCAUUGUAUUCGUUCUCCCAGACAUGCUCCUACAUAAAGCCCAGUGUUGUGAAUAAUGUCUUGCCGAGAAACAAGUAUGGAAAUAUCGAAAUUUUCAGGCCCAAUAUGGUUCCUGAUGGCUGUGUAUGGCUCAAGAUGCAAGAUAUUGAGGUUGCGCUUGUCAACCGUCAAAUACAAUGUGUUCCUGUGGUUGUCGGGUUUGUUUUCAAGAGCGGUUCAGCUUAUCCUGUCAAAAAUGGAGUAAUUGUGUUGACGCAGGAUGAAGUUGCUGCGAAAAAGAUUUGGCUUACUUAUAAGAUAAAAGAGCAGCAAAGAGCUGAAAAAGAUAAACUAAUACGUUCCUUGUAUGUAUGGAGAUUAAUUUUAAACAAGCUUAGAGUCAAACAGAACUUGAACCAAAGGUAUGGUCACUUGUAA